UUAACACAAGAAGAGUGUAGGGGUACACUAUACAAAUAUAGAACUGAAGAGCUGGAUAUUGAUGCUAAGCUUAGCCGUUUAUGUGAACAAGAUAAAGUUGUGCAAGCACUGGAGGAGAAGCUUCAACAGCUACACAAGGAGAAAUACACGCUUGAGCAAGCUUUGCUAUCAGCAAGUCAGGAGAUAGAAAUGAAUGCAGAUAAUCCCUCAGCCAUACAAAAUGUAGUCUUACAGAGAGAUGACUUGCAGAACGGACUACUUAGCACUUGUCGAGAAGUAUCGCGAGCUACUGCAGAACUGGAAAGAGCUUGGAGAGAAUAUGAUAAAUUGGAGUAUGAUGUAACUGUAACCAGGAACCACAUGCAGGAGCAACUCGAUCGGCUUGGAGAAAUUCAGACUGAGUCAGCAGGGAUACAUCGUGCUCAGAUUCAGAAGGAACUGUGGAGAAUUCAAGAUGUCAUGGAGGGUUUAAGUAAACAUAAACAGCAAAGAAGUGCUUCGGAGGCAGGCAUCAUGGGAUCAAGGACAUUUUCAGCUAUUAAAUAUAAAAAUGAGGGUCCUGAUUAUAGACUUUAUAAGAGCGAACCGGAGUUAACUACAGUAGCAGAAGUGGAUGAGUCUAAUGGCGAAGAAAAAACAGAACAGAUUUCAGAAUCAGAAUCUACUGUUAAAGGCUCACAUUUUCCUGUGGGAGUUGUGCCACCCAGAACCAAAUCGCCAACGCCAGAGUCUUCAACAAUAGCAUCCUAUGUCACCUUGAGGAAGAAUAAGAAGAUAGAUCUAAGAACGGAAAGACCAAGAAGUGCAGUGGAGCAGCUGUGUCUUGCAGAAAGCACACGGCCUCGAAUGACUGUGGAGGAACAGAUGGAAAGAAUAAAGAGACACCAACAAGCUUGCCUGAGAGAGAAGAGAAAAGGACUCAAUAUUAUUGGUGUUUCAGACCAAUCUCCUUCACAGAGUCUGUCAUUUGUCAGAGAUAAUCCGUUCAAAUUGGCACAGAAUCGAAAAAAGGAUGAUACUGUAUCUAGUAACGUAAAGGAAUUAGAGAGCACCAGUAGAGAAAAUAAUUUGAAACAAAAUAAUGAAAGUCCUGGAGAAGAAAUAGUGCAACUAAAACAUGAUGGAGAACAAGAACAUAAUUCACGUUUUACUAAAGAGCUGACAAAAACUGAUGAUCUUUUAUCAGAUGCACAUGUUGUAUCUGACUCAAAAGAACUGAGUAAUGAAGAGAAAGCAGAAAAGGAAAAGAAAAAUAAAUUGGAAGAAAUACAUGAUGGUGAUAUAAGCUUGCAGUGUGUGACCACAGUUACAAACCACAAACCCAAAACCAGCUCAGAGGAAAGUGAAGUAGUUAGUGCUCAAGAGCAAGAAGGGAUUAUGUCUUCCUUUGAAUUAGCAGCACAGUCUUCAAAAGGAAAUCAGGCAACAGCAGUGAAAAGCUUGCCUUCUUCACCAGAGUCAUCACUGUCGCCAGCUCCAUCUACACAGACACAGCUCACAGAAGGAUCACAUUUCAUCACUAAUGGCUUCUGUUGAAACAAUUCAUGCCUGAGAUGUAUGGACCUGACCUAUGAAAAUAUGAGAAGAUAUUGUACAGUAUAUUUUAAAUCUAUGAAAUUCAUAGUUCUGAUGCUUUUGGCCACAGAGCAUCAUUUUAUCACUUCCUGGAAAAUGUUUAUUCCAAGAGAGCUUUAAAUGGCCCACAUGUACACUCAACAACCUUCAGAUUGUUCUCCUGAUACCAGCUUGCUGCUAUGAUUUCUGUGCACAUAAAAUAAAGGCUUUUUUUCAUGUGCAGCCU